AUGGCUCCUACCUCGAGACAGCCUCGAAACAUGGGACAGGUUGUUGAGUACAUUCCAGACCGCUUGUACUUGGCCGCUUACGUUCACCCUCCUACCGCUGAGACACCCUUCCCAUAUCCCGAGGCACCGGCUUCUCCCAGGAAGCGUGGACAGUCUGCUGCCACACCAUCUCCCAGCACCGGAAAGACGCCUUGCUACUUCACCGUCGACGACGCUCUCCUCUACAAUGCUUUCCACCACGACUUUGGCCCGCUGCACAUUGGCCACCUCUACCGAUUUGCUAUUCACUUCCACGACAUCCUUGGUGCGAAGGAAAACAAGGACCGCCCCAUUGUUUUCUGGAGUGCCGCCGAUCCAAGAAGCCGUGCAAAUGCCGCAUGCAUGCUAGCAUGCUACAUGGUUCUCAUCCAGAACUGGCCCCCUCACCUGGCAUUGGCCCCCAUUGCUCAAGUUGACCCUCCUCUGAUGCCGUUCCGAGAUGCUGGAUACAGCCAGGCCGAUUACGGCAUCACUGUUCAGGAUAUUGUUUACGGAGUUUGGAAGGCCAAGGAAGAAAAGUGCUGCGACCUCGACAACUUUGAUCUCGACAUGUAUGAAAAGUACGAGCGUGUGGAGCAUGGUGACUUCAACUGGAUCACUCCUCACUUCCUUGCUUUUGCUUCACCCCAAGACACUCCCGUUGCGAAGAUCACAGAAGAGUCGGAGCUCUUUCCAUUGCUCCCAAAGACCCUCCAGGACGUUUCCGAUCAUCCCACACUAUCCCAACCCUUCAAGAAUGUCCUCAGCCAUUUCAAGGAGAAGAACAUUGGGCUUGUUGUUCGCUUGAACUCUCACCUCUACUCCCCUUCAUACUUUGAGUCGCUGGGCAUCCAACACAUCGAUAUGAUCUUUGAUGAUGGAACCUGCCCUCCACUGACGACCGUGCGAAAGUUCAUCCGUCUGGCUCAUGAGACCAUUACCGUCAAGAAGAAGGGUAUUGCGGUUCACUGUAAGGCUGGUCUUGGCCGCACAGGCUGCCUGAUUGGGGCCUACCUCAUCUACCGCCACGGCUUUACUGCCAACGAGGUCAUGUCCUUCAUGCGCUUCAUGCGCCCAGGCAUGGUUGUAGGACCCCAGCAGCACUGGUUGCAUCUUAACCAGGGAACCUUCCGUGAGUGGUGGAUUGAGGAGAAGAUUGAGCGAAAGCUGAGGAAGGAGAUGAUGGCAAACAACCAGAUGCCCAGCACCCCGAUCCGUGCCAUGCAAAAGUCUUCAUUGCGCCAGCAAACCACAACACCCCCUCACCGAAGCCCCUCGAGCCGUACACCUCUCAGCGAGGUUGACCAGGAUCGCAACAACAGCCAGGAGGACUACCUGCCCGCCCCUACCCCCGGGCAGCCACGAAAGGCCGCACGUGCUGCCGACCGACACCACCCCUACCAGCGCUCAACUUCUCAAAGCAUCGUCUUGGAUGAACAAGCCGAGAUCGAAAAAGAGACAGACAUCGUCGCUAUCCAGCAAACCUCCGAGUCUGAGGAAGAGUUGCACCUUCGCAUGCGAAGUCACCGCAAGGUGUCUCAGUCCCCAUCUCGAAGCACCAAGGUGCGGUCAGUCAGCCAGACAACUGUCUAUGUCAUUGACAAUGAUGCAUCGCAGGAUGCCGAGAACAUUGGCUCUGUUCGUGCCAAGCCUAUCGAUCGAGUCGUUAGCACCCCUAGCACGAUGACCAAGGUGCGAGGCAGCAGACGCCAAGCUGAGUCUCCCCUCCGUUCGAGAGACUCUGCCGGUAUUCGCAAGACGAGUGGACGCAUUGGAAGCACUGGCACCGCCAUCACGGCCGCGGCAACCCGCAAGGUCUCCUCCAGCUCUUAG